CAGCAAAAUGGAGCGGCCGCAUCUUCUCUGCCUCAGUCUCCUGUUGCUGGGACAUAUCCUGGAUGUGAACGCUGGGAAUAACGUCCUCGACUGCUGCCUGCGGACAAGAGAGAUUCCCAUCCCGCCGCGGAUCGUGCAGGAUUACCAGCUCCAGCUGGUGCAGGGCGGCUGUGACAUCCCUGCUGCCAUAUUCAUCACCACAAAGGGCAAGCGCCUCUGUGCACCCCUCCAUUCCCCAUGGGUGAUUCGUCUCCAAGAAAGACUGGAUGCCAGGAGGGGGAAACCCCAGGGCAAGUAGGUCCUGAAGAAGCCAUGGCUGGUCCCAACAGCUGGAGGGGCCACCUCCCAGAUGUGAAUCUGAUGCUAAUGGAGCCAACCCACUUCCAUCUCUAGCCUCCUUGAGACUCAUGCCAGUGUGUGGGGCUGGGCAGAGCCCUGUCUUCUCUGUCUUUUUCCCUCUGCCUCCAAUGUGACCCAGCAGCCUGUAUCACGCUGAGCUGGGGGCUGCUGGACUGCAUCACCUUUGCAGCCUGGAAGCUGUUUGAUGGACUGAUCUGCGAGGUGAGCCGGGGAGUCUCAGACUUCCCAUCAGCACAGCAGCUGUGACCUCCAGCUAUAGCCUGAUCCCUUCGGUUCCCAUUGUCUAUCGGUCCCAACUAGAGUUCUUCUGCGUCCCUGGGAAGGGCUGCCAGCAUAGAACAGUGUGGGGAUGGAGAGGAGUGAUGGAGAUGUUCCACAAUGGCUAUACAUUGUGCUGAACCUUGCCAAGCACCACCCAGAUGCCCUCAGAAAAUGUGUGGCUGAUGUGGUUUCUCUCUCACUCCUGAAUUCCCUGACACUGUUUUCCUCCCGCCCUUCCUUGCAACUGCAGAAAUAGAGCCACUAAUUUGGAGCAGGCAAAGAUGUGGUUCUUAGCCUCU